UAGUUGGUUUCGAGACCUAAGACAAGAUGCUGUUGGCUUGGUUUGGUUUGCUGGUGGUUUCCUGUGUUCAGGGAGCUCAGGUUUACAUGCACUUCAAUGGACAAGGAUACUCCUACAAUACGGAUAACGAUAGAGAGGACAGGAGUGUGGAUAGCUUCAACUAUGGAACAUCUUCCCUGGAUUCCUUCCAACCCUUGGAGUUUGUUCAGCAGGCUCUAAGAACCCGGCACAAUCCUCUCCCAAGGAUUUCCUAUAAUCAACAGGAUAACCUGGGAGCUUCCUCCUUCAGAAGUGGUUAUGAAGUAGCACCACCUGUGGUUCAGAGAUCCCAGCAGAGCCACCAAAACUUCGAUUUCAGCACCGAUCAGAUGUCGCACUCGCAGCACACCGAUGAAUCGGGAAAUGUUUUGGGCAAGUACUCGUACUUCGAUGAGGCUGGCUACCACGAAAUGAGCUACAAGGCGGGCGCCGGCAUCGGAUUCGUGGUCAUGGGUGGCAACUUGGCCAAGGCCACCCACUCGGAGCCCCAUUCGCAGUUCGAAAUCGGAAACGGAAUCCAAGCAAAUGCCUUGACAAGCCUGCAAGAGUUGCAUAAAUAUCGUGGCUACGCGUAAAUAAACAAAUUAACCGAACUACU